ACGUGCACAAUGUCCACCGCGCGGUCGUCCACCUGUUCGAGUGCAGCCGAAAAAACAUUUCGCUUCAUACGUUUGAAGUUUGUGUGAAAUUUAUCUCCGAGUCUGUGAAUCAGCCUUUAAAAUAACCAGUUAGUGUUAGUCACCACAGGCAACUCGGACAGACAUUUUUCUUUCUUUAUAGGACAUAAAACCAGCUUCAUUACAGCGAGCUGUCGGGGUUAUCUGCGUUAACAGAACCCUCUUACAAGCUGCUGACAACUUUGUAGGCUGUAAGAAACGAAUGGUGGACACAGCAGCUGGUCCUGUUUAAGUGUCUGCUGUCCCCCUUUUAUCUAACUCUGCCGGACUGCUUCUUCUUCUGCAGGUUACCUGCUUCAAAAGUGUCUCAGGUGCCUAAAGACAGACCAUGAUGAGGAACAUAGAAGCUCAAGCUCCCGCAUGAUGUGCGAAAGGGUGUAAAAGACGGCACAGAGGCUCUUAUCGUGUCAGCACAAGUGUCCCUAAACACCAAAUCCACAGUGGGAGAAGUCUGCCACAGCCGACCGUGCCCAAGCUGCAGACUGCUACGGUGAGAGAAACCACUAAAGCUGGUUGAGAACAGCAGGGCUCCUGUGGGACUGCCAGUUCCAGGCAGACGAGCAACUGCCGGUAAACCAACCAUAUAACCAUAGCGGUGUGUGACAAGGAACAAAAAACCACAGUUGUGAUAGCCUGGCAAUCCCCAGUGGACGGGAACAUCAAGAAGAAAGAGCACAUAAGGCAAGAUAACUCUCCUUUGGAAAUGACCAACAUAAAGUCCAAAUCGCAGAGCCGGAGCGAUGAGGCCGAGGGCCCGGAUGGAGGCUGGGGCUGGGUGCUGGUCGUCGCCAUGUUUGUCAGCUCGAGCCUCGUGUUCGGCCUGAUGCGGAGCCUGGGGAUCUUCUUUGUGGAGUUCGUUCAGUACUUCGAGGAGAGCGCCCAGGCCAUCUCCUGGAUCUCGUCCACCGGCCUGGCAGCUCAGCAGUUCUUCAGUCCACUGGCCGCUGCACUGUGUAAUGCUUACAAUCCCAGAGUGGUGGUGAUGACGGGAGGCUUUCUGGCCGGGCUCGGCCUCACACUUGCCUCACAGUCCACCUGUCUCGUACACCUCUACCUCACAAUGGGAGUAAUUUCAGGUUUUGGAUGGGGGAUGGUCUUCACUCCCAUGGUGGCCACAGUCAUGGCUAAUUUCACUCGCCGGCGUGCCCUGGCUCUGGGACUGGGGUUCUCCAGCAUCGGCAUCUCCUCCUUCGCUUUCAACCCGCUCUUUCAGCUGCUGGUGGAGACGUACGCCUGGCGAGGGGCCCUGCUGAUACUGGGGGCUCUCAGCCUCAACAUUGUACCCUGCGGGGCGCUGAUCCGUCCGCAGCGGCGCUCUAAAGCACCGGCAAAGGUGGAUUCAGAGACAAAGUCAUGUACGUCUAUGCUGCGGCGCAUCGCCUCUUACCUGGAGCUGUCCCUGCUGACCGAGAGGCCCUAUCUCACCUACACUUUGGGCGUUACUCUGUUUAACGUCGGCUACUUCGUGCCUUACUUCCACCUGGUGGCCCACAGUCGCCAAGUUGGCUUCUCAGAGUACCAAGCUGCCUUCGUUAUGUCAGCUGCAGGUGCUUCGGACAUUUUGGGGCGCAUAGUGUCGGGCUGGUUCUCCGACCUGGGCCACUUUCGGGUUGUUCAUUUACUGACCUUGUGGACAGGCCUAGCAGGAGUGUUUAUCAUGCUGCUGCCAGUGAGCUCCAUGUCUGGCUCCUACGCCGCUCUGAUGGUGAUUAGCCUGCUUUAUGGCUUCUGCUCUGGGGCUUUGACCUCCGUUGUUUUUGCGGUGGUGCCCAUGAUUGUGGGCGUGGAGCGCACGAUGGGGGCACUUGGACUGCUGCAGCUCAUCGAGAGUGGUGCUGGACUUCUGGGGACUCCUUUGUCAGGAUUCCUGAAGGACGUCACAGGAAACUACAUCGCCUCCUUCAUGGUGGCCGGCUCCUUCCUCCUCCUCGGUAUGCUGACCAUGACCACCAUGCCUCGCUUUUUCUCCUGUACUGAUCCACCGCCUCCUCAAAGACGUUCCCUCGAUGCCAAAGAGAAAGUUUUGGAUUUAGAGCUGGAGCAGAUGAAUAGUUCGCCCUCUGACAAAAAACACACAGUGGAGUCGAAUGAUCCAGCAAACCCAAAACUCUGUUAGUAGAUAGAGCCUUGCACGUUCUGAGCACACAAUCAAAAAGCAUCCUGUUGCACAUCUCCGUGAGCAACGAUGUAUUCAUGUCAUACCUCAGAGACUCAGUGAAAGCUGAAGCUUCCUGUGAAACCCGUAGCAGCUGUAAGGGAGCGGCGAGCUCCUCGCUCUGUUACAAAUAUGAAUCUCAGAUUAACGCUGGAGCCAGAACCUUCUGCCUUAAAGGAAACUGGACAUUUUUUAAAUAAUUCACAUAACUGUUUUUACAUGCAAAGUGAGGUGCUGUUUUUUUUAAUUAACCAAUUUUUAUUAUUAUUAUUUUUGUUCAUGUGAACAUGAAACCUGAGUCUGAUUUUUCUGCCGAAGGCUGGCCAGGAUCUUUUAUAUUUGCACACACAUUCUUUGAAUGUGGCACAGCUCGAAAAUCAAGCAAAUGCUUGAUCAUCACAAACUCAGUUAAACUUCAGGGACGUCGGUCCGUGCUGUCAAGAAGCAUAAACUACUGAGUCCAUUUCACCUGUUUUAAUACAAAUGAAAUCAUGCUCUCAUUUUCCCUCCUGACCGAUUUUUUUUGCUCGUGUCAUUGUUGGUAGAACGACUGUGCACCUGCAGCCAGUUCAGCUUCCACAGGAGGUUUGCAGAGUCCCCCAGUACAGUCUGAAGGGAGAUACCAGGAGACAGGCUGUUACUUGAGGAGAGCUGAAGGCGAGCACUGCCAGAGCUACAAAAAUGACCUAAUUUAUGAUAAGGACAGAAGCAAAAAGCAACACUAGAGAAAAGUCAGGAGGGAGCGAGCAGUGGUCCUUUUUUUAUGGUGCAUCUGUCGUCUCUUUGGUUUACAUUAGAGCAGGUGAAAUGAUUCAGUGGUUUCUCCUUCCUCUCUGGACAAAUGGAUACACCUGAAUUUGUGUUAUACACCGAUGGUCGAGUGUUCCCCUCAUUUAUUUUGUGUGGUGUAGAUACCCUCCAUAAAGUGAGUCACUUUUUUUUUUUUUUUUUAUCUACUUUUACUCCUGCUGUUUGUGCUCUGUGUGUGUGUGUGUGCGUGCGCCAUCAUUGCAUACACUUUUACUUGCUUCGCAUGACAGGACUAAUGUGUGAAACAUUAGCUCUCUGACCUGAUCUGCACGUGACAAUGUUUUAAUUCGGAGAAACCCAGUAAAUUGAGCUUAACACCAGUGGCACACUGGUUUUGGUCGAGUUACUGACAGGUCCUGUGAAAGCUUUUUCAAGGUUAUUAUAGUUAAUUAAUACUAAACCUAUGCAUGGCAAAAACUUGCAUCACUUCAGUCUGAGAAGCAGCCUCCACAUUAAGGCUGAAGUCUAAAAUUAUUCUGAAACUGAUUUUAAAAAACUAAAAUAACAUUUUUAAACAAGAAAUUAAACAAAAUAAAUUUCAGUUCAUUGAAUACGAUAUAAAAGAAUCAGGUAAAACUAAUGGAAAGUAAAACACUACAAUACAUGUGUUUUAAGAAUAUAACAAGUCCAAAACCCUGUCAUGCCAAGUGUAUCACACAUGAGCUGAUGUAUGAGUUUGUAACACUUCUAUAUCGUUGUCAUCAUCAUUAAAAGCUUAAUUAAAUUGCACAGUAGAUUUUUAACCUAUAAGAUGCAAAAAAUGCCAAAUGUAGCAACUAUAGUACAAAUUUUGUAUUUAAUUAAAGCGUUUUGUAAGGUUCAAUGAGCUCUCGAUUUUCAAAAAAAUAUAAGAAUUUUCUAGCAAUUACUUUGUGGUUUGAGCUUUAAAGGGUUACAUUUUUCUUCAGACAUACAAUAUCUCACAAUCAUAUGUGAGGCUCUGCUGGCUCAAAGAUGAGGUAAACCACAGUGCCAGCUGGUCUGGGUAAAAGAAUUUGUAUUUUAGAUGCUGACUGGAUUAUGAUGCUUCAAAUUUAAAGGCGUGUUAAACACACAUACACGCUCCAAAAUUAGGAGAACAAAUUUAAUGACUGCAGUGGCUGUUUUUUCAGGUCGACGCUGAUGAUGAUUUACUGCUGCCUGCAAAUGCCUGAUUUAUGGUUUUAAUCUGUUGAAGCGGAUGUUUGGAUAUAAAAACCGCAGCAUGUCCUGUCCUGUCCUGUUAACACUGAUUUAUUAUGAGCUCGGCUAAAUGAGCUGCUGGUGUCGACUCUGAACCUCAGGAAUUCCUCUUCCCACCGCUGCGUUUUGUUGCACAGCAGGAACACAAGACUGUGUUUUCUCAGUUGCGUUUUCCUGAUGACGCCGUCACUUUUUUUCCUCGAGCACUUUGUACUUUUGCUGACCGUAAACUAGAGCAGGCUUUGUAAACCAGAUGUGUUUGGUUUGGAGAGCAGCUGGAUGGUUGCUAUGUUUGAAAGAAGAGCAUGACUGGAUCACUGUGACCUGCUGAUCAUUAGCGCACUUACUUACUUUAAAGGUGUUGCAAUGCAAAAAGCAGGUGGUCUGUGCUGAACAGCUUCUUCUUAGUGUGUUCUUCCUUUACAGUCUGUGACUCUGGAGUAAAUUUACCUUGUCAGUUACCUGCAAACUGUCAGUGAUUGUCUUCUUUAUUAUUAUUUUUAAAGCAAACAUGUAUUUUCUUUCAGUUUAUUUCAGUCUUUUCCUUAUCAGACAGAUCUUCACAGAGAUUGUUUUCAUCUAAAACGGCUGCAGGAUGAUGCCGCCCUCUGCUGGGCUUUUGACAGAGAUACAAACCGUACUCUUAUGCUUUUCUUUAUUUUCUCUCAUAUACUGUCACAAUGUUGUGUGCUUAUAUUAAA